AACACCUAACCGAAGAAGAAGAAGAAUUCAAGAACCCUAAAAUGGAUAUUCAAGAAAUGGUAUUGGAAGUCUUGGCGCGAUUACCAUUGAAGAGCAUCGCAAGAUUCAGAGCAACGAGCAAAACAUGGAGAUCGCUGAUCGAUUCCGAUUACUUCAGAGAUAACUUCAUCUCUCGCAACUCAUCUUCUUCAAUCUCGUGGUCAAUCAUUCAGUUGCAACCUCACAAACUAAUUGAAAUCAUUGGUCACCAUGGAUGCAAAACAUGGGGACUUACUCGUUCUCCAGGAUCUUUAGUGAGUUUCUUUGUCGAGACCACAAUCAGGAAACUACAAGUCUUAGCUUGUACCGAUGGGUUGGUGUUGCUUUACGUAGAAGCUACCGAUGGAACUCCUAUGUAUUACGUUGGAAACCCUAUGUUUCAAGAAUGGUUUCGAAUCCCUCUUCCUCAUUUCUUCUCUUUGCAAAAUCUUCAGAGAUUACAGAACCACAAGCGUUUCAGCGACAGUGGAUUGGUUACAAAGAUGCAGAACGGUAUCGUUGUGAGUUACAAAGUUGUGUGGCUGUUGACUCACGAUGUUGGUGCUAAAGUCGAUUUUGCGAUUUACUCAUCUGAUACAGGGAAGUGGGAAGGUCGAACUGUGACUUGUCUUCGUUCUAGAUUCUGGUUAAGUGAUGACAAGUCGAUUGCUUUGAAUGGGAUUCUUCACUGGAUUCACGAUUGCACCCGAUCUUUUAUAGCCUACGAUUUCUAUGGAGGCCAUGAUGAUGAUCAGUGUAGUAUCAUAACUUUCCCCGAUACUGGAGUUGAUAAGGCGUUAUUGUGGUUUAGGAGAACCAUCACGACCUCUGAGGGGUAUAUUGUGUAUUUCAACGAGCUUUGUGAGAAUGGAAACCGAACAUUACGGGUUUGGAGGCUGGUCACGUACAUUAAUGGUCCUGAGGCGUGGCAGCUCUUUUGGGAUGUCAGCUUAGUGUCUUUAAUCGAGUUAGGUAUCUAUUAUUUCCCUGUGGUGAUGCAUCCUUUGAACUCUGAGAUCAUCUACUUGUGGAGCAGGAGCCAGAAAAUGCUGAUCUUGUAUAACUUGAGGACACAUGUGUUUAGUUUUCACGAGGAAACCGCAGACGAUAGCAAGUGUAUGGAUGGUUGCAUCUUGAGUUUUAACCGGUGCAGCAAGUAUAUGAAGAACUACUAUUUCCCAGCGGUAACAUUUAGUCGUAACCAUCUCAUCUUUUCCCAGUAUGUUCUCCCUCGUUGGCUGCAACGUCUCCCUCGUCCACAGCCUACUUAGUGUCUUCUGUUUUGAGUUUGAAUCCCUAUGUUCAAAUUGUUGAAGAAAUCGAAUUUAAAAUA